CCGUGUUGAUAGUUUUGAUUAUUGAGUGGUGAGGGUUGUGGGUUGUUUGUAGGGUUUACAUUUUCGAAAUUUCAUUCAACAAAAUAAAUACAAAAAAACAUGUUAAUACCAAGAAUAUUGAAUAGGGCAACCAUAACAUUUGCCCAAAACGGAUUCGGCCCAAAGAAGUCCUGCUUUGUACCAAUUUAUAAGAAAUUCUACACAACCAAAGCUGAGGAAAAUGACGGAGACACGGCGACAAUAACAAUUGGUGAUGUAACCAAAAACAUUAAACCUCCCAAGAACCCAGAAUUAGUGCCACAAAAAUACAUUCAAUAUGCCGAAGAUGGCACCAUGGAACUUACCCAGUCAGCUUUACAUCACCUGCGUUGGAUGCUGCAAAAAGAUGCUCUGAAACAGGACAUGUUUCUUUUGGGUCAACCGGGUGCACUCAGGCGUCAACUGGCCAUGCAGUUCCUGGAACUGACUCAACGUGAAUUGGAAUACAUUGCUUUGAGUCGUGACACCACAGAAAGUGAUUUGAAACAGAGGCGAGAAAUUAAAAAUAAGGCUGCCAUUUAUUAUGAUCAAUGUGCUGUGCGUGCUGCCGUCAAUGGACGUGUCUUGAUUUUGGAUGGUGUGGAACAUGCCGAACGUAAUGUUUUGCCCAUAUUGAAUAAUCUGUUGGAAAAUCGUGAAAUGCAUUUGGAAAAUGGUAAAUUUUUAAUGGCCCCAGAACGUUAUGACAAGUUGUUGGAGACAUACUCUAAAGAAGAAUUGGACUCAUGGGGCCUGCUGAGAGUCUCCGAAGAUUUCCGUGUCGUUGCCUUGGGUUGUCCAACACAAAAGUAUAAGGGUACACCUUUAGAUCCACCACUUAGAUCACGCUUCCAGUCCCGUAAUGUUUCACAUUUUUCAUUUGAGGAAAUGUUAAUUGACCUACGAUCCAAGGCUCCCAAUGUACCUGUGGAAAAUCUCAAAUCUUUGCUAUCUUUUGGUCUGGCAAUACAAUCGGCCGAUCCAGCUGCAAAUCUACCCGACUUCCCAUUAGACAAUGUACACCUGGUUGCCAAAAUGAUGAAUUCCAAUCCAAAUCUGACAACCUAUGAUGCCCUCAAUCGUCUUUACCCCUAUCGUUCGGCACUGAAGAAGGAACAACAAGAUCGCAUUAAAAAUCUUCUUAAAUCAUUUAAAAUUGAUCAAAUGGCUACAAAGGCUGUUGGACAAAUCUCUAACAAAAAAUUGGAGAAUUCCCAAAAUAUGGUUGCCUUCGAAAUUGAUGGUGUACAAGUUAAUGUUCCAGGAGGUCAACAUGUUUCGCUGACACAAAAACAAAAAGAUUUUGUUGAUUUGGAACAUCAACGUAAUAUUUUGGCCCAAAUGGUACAGGCCAUUGCUGUGAGUGAUAUUUGUCUGUUGGGUCCCAAGGGUGUGGGUAAAAACACCUUGGCCCAGCAUUUAAUGCAUCGUCUGCAACAAUCCCUCGAACCAAUGGUGCUAUACGAAGAUAUGACUUCUCGUGAUUUGAUCCAGCAACGUAUUACCACCCAGGAAGGUGAUACAGUGUGGAGAGAUUCUCCUCUUGUAAGGGCGGCCAAAAUGGGCUCGGUAGCCUUAUUGAAUGGCGUGAAUCGUGUUCACAAGAGUACCAUGACAGUGCUGCAGCGUCUUAUACAUGAUCGUGAACUGCAAUUGUGUGAUGGUACUACCCUUUUGGGCGGAGAACGUUAUGAGUCGCUAAUGCAACAAGGUUUCACAAAACUUCAACUGGCCGAGAAGGGCAUUCUGAAGAUUCACGACAGUUUCAGAAUAAUUGCCUUGGCUGAGCCACCAAAUCCCAACUCUCCCUCCCAAAAUUGGUUGACACCAGAAAUGAUGAGCUUGUUUUUGUUCCUAGAGGUACGGCCGCUACAACAAUCCGAGGAAUAUACAAUUAUGAAGAAAUUAUAUGGCAACAUUGAUGACAGCAUACACAAGGUCAUUGAUUUGUCGCAUACCUUAAGAGAUUCCACAGAUGCUACAUUACAAAACCUAGCCGGCACUUUGUCUACCAGGCAGUUAUUGAAAAUUGCCCGUCGCAUGUCUUCGUAUCCCACAGAUGUUCAUGAAAUUAUCCAAAAUACCUUCCUUACCAAAUUUAUGCCUGCCCUUCCCAGGGCUGCAUUGGAGAAUGCAAUGAAACAAGUUGGCAUUGAGCCGGAGACCUCGAAGCAGGGAGGCAAACGUAAGAUAACGGUGGAGAAUGGUGUACUAAGAAUUGGCCAAACUGAAAUGAAACUGGAACAGGCCUCAGAGGAGUCUAAAGUGCCGAGUACAUUGUUCUAUGAAAUGCCUCAACAUGUGGCCUUGUUGGAGCGUCUGCUGCAAGAUUUCUUAAUUGGUGACCAUUUGUUGUUGGUAGGCAAUCAAGGUGUUGGCAAGAAUAAGUUGAUUGACAAACUCCUGCAGCUGAUGAACAAGCCACGUGAAUAUUUGCAAUUACAUCGUGAUACCACGGUUCACAGUUUGACCGUCCAAUCCACCCUGCGUGAUGGUCAGGUCGUUUAUGAAGACAGUCCUUUGGUGAAGGCAGUGAAAUCGGGCCAUAUUUUGGUUAUUGAUGAGGCGGACAAGGCCCCGGUGAAUGUGACCUGUAUUUUGCGCACCCUUGUAGAAAGCGGGGAAAUGAUGUUGUCCGAUGGUCGUAAAAUUGUUGCCCCCGGCGACAAGGCUGCCGCUUUGGAGGAAAAUCCAGCCCAGGAAAUUAUUGAAACCCAUCCCAAUUUCCGUUGCAUUGUUUUGGCAAAUCGUCCCGGCUUCCCCUUCUUGGGUAACGAUUUCUUUGCCUCUUUGGGUGAUGUCUUCAGCUGCCAUGCAGUUGAUAAUCCCACACCUGAUUCGGAAAUUUAUUUGUUGGCACAAUAUGGCCCAUCAGUGCCCAAGAAGACAUUGGCCACUUUGGUCAAUGCUUUUGGUGAAUUGAGACAAAUGGCUGAUGAAGGUUUACUCAACUAUCCCUAUUCCACCCGUGAAGUUGUAAAUAUUGUCAAACAUUUAGAAAAAUAUCCGGAUGAAAAUAUGUCCGAACUGGUGGGCAAUGUUUUGGAUUUCGAUAAAUAUCAACCUGAGGCAUUGGAUCAGGUGACGCAAGUUUUGGCCAAGCAUGGUUUACCCAUUGAGGCCUAUGCUCGUAACGAAUUGUUUGCUCUAAGGAAGAAAAAGGAAAUGCAAUUGACUGUGAAUAGGAAAAGUGGUUUGGGUGUUUCCGGUCCCAAGUAUGGUAAAGUCGAUCCCAAAAAUGAUCCCCAUGUAGGUGGUAACACCUGGGCUGGUGGUAGUGGCGGUCGUGAUACUGCUGGUCUUGGUGGCAAAGGAGGUCCCUUUCGUUUAGAUUCUGGCCAUAAAGUACAUCAACUUUCCGAUGAGGAGAAAGAUGAUAUUCCCGAAGAGGUGAAAAAGGCCGCCCGUGAAAUGAAUCGUAAAUUCUAUGAAGAGAAAUUAAAAGAGAUUCGAAUGUCCGCCCACGAUCAUCAAUUGUAUGCGCAAUUUAGUGAUCCCAUACGCAAGCAGGUCCAACAAUUGAAAGCAAUUUUGGAUGCCAUGCAAACCAAGAGUAAAGAGAGGCAAUGGCAAAAAUAUCAAACCCAUGGGGAGUUGGAUGAUACCCGUUUGAUUGAGGGUAUCACUGGAGAGAAGAAUAUCUAUCGACGUCGUGCCGAGGCCAACCCAUGGGCUGAUCAUGUCCAAGAGAAACCCAAUCGUCUGAAACUGGUUGUAGAUGUAUCAGGCUCUAUGUAUCGUUUUAAUGGCUACGAUGGCCGAUUGGAUCGUGAAUUGGAAGCUGUUGUAAUGGUCAUGGAAGCCUUGGAGGGUUUCGAAAAGAAGGUAGUCUACGACAUUGUGGGUCAUAGCGGUGAGGGCUAUGAAAUACCAUUUGUGGUGAAAAAUAAUCCACCACGCACAGAUAAGGAACGUUUUGAAACCAUACGUAUGAUGCAUGCCCAUUCACAAUUCUGCUGGUCAGGUGAUAGUACUGUGAAGGCUGCCAAGGAGGCUGUGAAUGCAUUGUCCGAAGAGGAUUAUGAUAAUUCGAUAGUGGUAGUGUUAAGUGAUGCCAAUUUGUCGCGCUAUGGCAUUCAGCCAAAGGAUUUCGCCAAGGCCCUUAUGAAUGGCGAACCCAAGGUCAAGGGUCAUGUGAUAUUCAUUGGCAGUUUGGCUGAGGAGGCUGAUAUCAUUAAUUCCCAAAUGCCAGCCGGCCACAGCUAUGUGUGCAUGGAUGUCUCGACAUUACCGCAAAUUUUGAAACAAAUUUUCACAUCCUCUUUAUUGUGAUAGAAUGAAAGAAUGUACCUAGCAAAUGUUAGUUGUUAAGACGCAAAGAAACAGAACUAGUGAAAUUAGAAAAAUGUUUACGAAAAUAUUUUUUGUUUUUAGAAAAAAUGUUAAAUAUGUAAAAUGAUGUUAUUUAUAUCAGUGUUUAAUAUAAAUCUGUGUCUAUUUUUAUAUAUUUAAAACAAAAUAAUAUACAAACGAUGUAUAGACGAUGAAGAACCAGUAAUGCAUUUAUUUUAUUUACCUCAAACAAUUUAUACACACCAAGAAGAAAGAACGAACGGCAGAAUAAAUUAUACAAAUAAUAAAUAUCUUUAA